ACGCAAGGAAUUUGACUUGGUUUUUAUGUUGCACUCAAUGUACAUUCACAGAAUAAGCAUACAUUAAUAGAACAAGAUAGAUAUCAACUUGUUAAAUCAUAAUCCUGACACACUUGAUAACAGUAAUACUAGUUAUUAUCAUUGCUGUUAAUAAUAAUGACAGUUAUGUAUUCGCGUUGUCGUAUUUUCUUUACCUUUCCUCUUGGGGGCUCGUUGUACUCUCGCGAGCCUAGCAACCGAUCUGUUACAGUAACCGUGGCAACCGGUGACAUUUUAAUCUAAUGUUACUCUACCACGGUUUGCCCGUAACACGAGUAAUCUUUUAAAUGCUAGCUAACUACAAGUUUGAACGUCUUGUAGCUGCAGUCUAUUCCCAUACUGACUGAAAGAUAAAAUUCGGAAAAGGAAAUAACGGAAGAGAGGAACGAUGGACCCUGCGGAUGGAAACCCAGACAGAAGCCAGCAGAGACUUCAGACAGCAGCCUCGUUCAAGGCUUUCAUGUUGAAAAAUAACACACAGGGCAACAUUAACCUCUAUGACCACCUCACCCGGCUGCUGAUAAAGGUGAUGGAUGAGCACCCACAUAAUGCUGUGGAUGUGAUUGAGGACAUGAGCUGCGAUGUGAAGCGGGGUUUAUUUGAAGACAAGCAGAGCACCCUGCAAGACCUUCCACACACCACAGCUGCUGAGCUCCUGGCUGAGCAGCAGCGCCUGCUGUUCACUCGGCCAGAGGAGGCUGAGCAGGAGGAGGAAUUGGUGGAAACACCUCUUCCCAAUGUGAGUGAGAUUGGCUUCUAUCUGGAGCAGGCUGGAGUGGGUCUGGGCAGAGAGGAGAUGCAGAGGGUCUUCCUUGCACUUAAGCAGCUCGUUGAGUCUCAGGCGCUACCACGCUGCCGGCUGUGGGGCAAGAUUCUGGGAACAGAGAGCAGCUAUAUCGUUGCUGAAGCUGAGUACAGAGAGGGGGAGGAAGAGGAAGAGCAGAGCACUGAGGAAGAUGCUGAGGAAGAGGAGAGAGAGGCUGAGGCUCAGGAGAAUGAGAUGUAUCCACUUCCUCAGUCGACCUAUAAACCCCUACCAGAGGUGCCAAAGGAGGCCAUAGGAACAGGUGCUAACAAGUUUCUUUACUAUGUAUGCAAAGAGCCUGGUCUUCCCUGGGUAAAGCUCCCUUCAGUCAGUCCUGCACAGAUUACUGCUGCUCGCAGGAUUCGGAAGUUCUUCACUGGGAGGCUGGACAGCCCAGUUGUGAGCUACCCUCCUUUCCCUGGGAAUGAAGCCAACUAUCUGAGAGCGAAGAUCGCUCGGAUCUCUGCUGGCACACAGGUUAGCCCCCAGGGCUAUUUCCAGGCUGGGGAGGAAGAAGGUGAUGAGGAAGACGAGGCAUCUCGGGACAGCUACGAAGUAAAUCCUGACUUUGAGGGCGUUCCAGUUGCUGAGAUGGCUGAGUCCUUGUCCACCUGGGUGCAUCAUGUUCAGCACAUCCUGCAGCAGGGCCGUUGUACUUGGGUGAACCUGUCUGUGAAACCAGGAGAUGACUCUAAUGAGGAAGGAGAGGCUGAGGAGAAGGAAGAGGAGCCUGAUGAGCCUGAACCAGAAGUUGGUCCCCCUCUGCUCACUCCCCUGUCCCAAGAUGCAGAAAUGUUCAACACCCCUCCCUGGAGUGCCAAGAUGUCCUCCACUCUCACCUCUCAGCAUGCAGUAGCUGUGCUGCGUUCAAACCUCUGGCCAGGAGCUUAUGCAUAUGCUUGUGGAAAGAAGUUUGAGAACAUAUAUGUUGGAUGGGGUCUGAAGUAUGCAGGGGGAGGGUACAACCCACCUGUCCCCCCACCACCCCAGAAAGAAUAUCCCAGUGGACCAGAAAUUACAGAGGCCCUGGACCCAUCACUAGAGGAAGAACAGGCGCUGAAAGAAUCUUUAGAGGAGCAGCAAGCUGCCAAGGAGGAGUUGGAGGACACAGACGAAGAGGAGGAGGAAGAUGAUGACUGAGAAAACAGUCAUACAUUUUAAAUUUCGUUUGAUCUUUCAAGUAUUUCUUUGUAAGUCACUGGCCAAAUAAAUCAGUUUAUCACGCA